UUGGCUGGAUACCAAAGUUCAGUGGUCAUUCUUUUAAAUUUAUUUCAAGAAGGUCAUAACUUUAAACUACAUCCGGGCACUCGUCGCACGUUCCGAACGUAUGUCAAAAUGGCCGCCACAGGUGGUGGCAAAAAAACUGGUAAAAAAAAGAAGGGCAAAACAUUGAGUUUAAAUGAAUUCAUCGGUGAAUCUCCUGCAGCGUAUACAACACCCUCAAGAAAGGUUGAUUGGGGUGAUGAUGUUGACGAUAGCCUUGGUCAUGUUGACUUGGCUGAAGAGUAUGGUGGACCUCCAAAGCCUUCAAUAGAUCUCAGUAAAUUACCCAGUGCUCCAAGAUCUUCAAGAGGUGCAGAUAUUGACAUGAGUCGUCUGCCAAGUAGACCACCCUACACUGCAUUUCUUGGAAACCUGCCCUUUGAUGUCUCUGAGGAUGAUAUCAGAAAUCUAUUUCAAGGGCUUCAGGUUGAGAAUAUCCGUUUUCCACAAGAACAAGGUCGAAUGAAAGGAUUUGGUUAUGCUGAGUUUUACAACCUGGAAGAGUACAAAAAAGCACUGGGUCUUACCAACGAGAAAGUACGUACGCGACAAAUCAGAAUCGACAUCGCUGACCAGGCGGGUAAAGAUGGACCGGGAGGGAGAGGAGAUUCAAGAUAUGGCGGACGUGAUAUGGAUGAUGAUAAAACAUCGGGUGACUGGAGACGUGAUAUGCCAGAAUCAGGAGGAGGUGGUGGUGGCAGGUAUGAAGAUCGGGGAGGCUAUCGAAAUGAUACAAGAGGAGGAGACUUUGCUGGACGAGAUUCUAGAUUCAACAGACCUGCCGGCCCAGCUGACACUGAAGACUGUUGGCGUCGAGAUGAUCCUCCAAAAACUAAUGGUCAUGACGAUGCUUGGAGAGGGGGAGGUCGUGAUUUUAGAGAUGAAAGAGAUGGUGGCUUUAGAGGAGACAGAAGCUUUGGCGAUGGAAGGAGAGAGCAUAGGGACGAGAGGGGUAGAUAUGGAGGAGGAGGUUUUAGCGACUAUCGAGAUGACAGAAGAGGUUUCAGGGAUGACCGGGGAGGCUUUAGAGACGAUCGAGGAGGUUUUAGAGACGAUCGAGGAGGUUUUAGGGACGAUCGAGGAGGCUUUAGAGACGAUCGAGGAGGCUUUAGGGAUGACCGAGGAGGCUAUCGGGGUGAUAGAGGGGUUUUUAGAGAUGACAGAGGAGGCUUUCGAAGCGGUGGAGGAGGCUUCCGGGAUGAGAGAUCGGGAUUUAGAGAUGAGAGAAGGGAUGGUUAUCGAGAGGAUAGAUCCAGAGAUAACGCUGGUCCUGCUGACCAUUCUUCAGAACAUAAGGAGCGUCCUAAACUUAACCUUCAAGCAAGAACUGUUGCAAAAACAGACGAUACUACUUCGCAAAGCAGUUCCAUAUUUGGCGGUGCGAGACCAGUGGAUACUGCUGCCAAAGAAAGACAAAUCGAGGAAAAGUUAAACAAAAUUCACGUUAGUGAAAAACCACAUGGCGAAAGAAGUGAUAGCAAAGAACGUGGUCGGGAUGAUAGCCACGAAAGAGACCUUAGUGAUAGGACUGAUGACGAUGGUGUUGAUAAUUGGCGAGAUGAAAGCAUACGUCAAGACAAGCCACGUGUAAUGAAACCAGGAUUUGCGAGUGAUCGAAGAGAAGCGAGAAAAAGCGAUAGUGACGAAAUGUCAGUGUUGAAUAAGGAAAAUCGUGGAAGAGGUGCUGGGCGGGGUGGCCAUGGGCGUGGUCGCUCUCCGAAGGAUAAGAAAAAUAAAACUGGUCCUGUGAUACCACCAAAAUACGAAGAGCCUGAUCAACCGGAGUUCUCUCGGUCAAGCAAGUUUGCUGCUUUGAACGUCGAAGAUGAAAACAGUCACUCAGACGAGGAUGAGGUGGAAACUUAAAAGUUUUUGUUAGAUUAGAUUUGGCUCGUAAAAUUAGAAACAAGUUCCGCGAUUGGUUUGCCAAUUGCAGGCUUAAUUUUGAUUGGAGAAAAACACUUAUCUUGGGAAUAAGAUUUUAUAUGGUGAACAUUAUGAUAUGUAGGAAAGCCCGCUGUAAGCUGUAUACAGUACUACUCGUAAAUAUUUUUAACCUUGCAUUCUUGAAAGUUUUUAUUGUCCGCCCUUUUAAUCUUUAUCGCAUCUUACUGUUUUUAUUCUCGCACAGUGCAUAAUAUUCAUUUAUUAUCUUUGAAUGUGAAAUUUCUCUCUGUUUUGUAAGAAUUUCGCAGGUUGGUAUCGUUUAAAUGUAUUUAUGUGUAAUUAUAUAAACGAAAUAUAUUCAUCCCUCAAUUAAAAUAUUUUUGGAUUUUUUUCGUUUUUCAUAAGCCUCCCAGGUAUUCUUUGGUUUGGCUUCAUGAAGAAUGUGCGUGCAAUGUAAAUCGCCUGAAAAUAUCAAUGUGGCCCUUAUUACGCCGGCCCUUUGAUAGCUUUAUUUUUCACCCUAUGACGUUUUAAAGUCGGCGUAAUAGGGGCAAUGUUAAAAUGAGAAAAUUUCACUGAGCGGCGUUAUUUUUAAAUUUUUUUUAUAGUUUUUCAUGUUGAUAAAUCUGUGAAAUUUAUGUGUUUUAAGACUGAGCUCGCGGAUAAUUUUGAGUUUAACUCUAGUGAUAUUGGUGGUGAUGACAAAAAUGAGGACGAAAAUAUUCCGAAAAGUGUCGUAGCCGAAAUAAAAGAUGAUGUAGAUGAUGAAGAACGUAAAAAAAUAACAUCAAAAAAAAUCAAUCAAUAAAUGUUAUUGAUCUAGAUGAUUAAAUUUCGUGCGUAUUUUCUUUCCUUUUUUAUUUUUGUGGCGUUAAAUGCGGCCUUUAAAAGUUGGCAAAGUUUCGCGUGUGUGUAGACGUAAAAGAAAAACAGGACCAAUCUGAGUAAAUUGGCUUUAAAAUAAAAAUGAUAAUUUUUUUUGUAAACAAGAUUCAAACGGUAUUGGAAUUAGUUUAUUAUCUAUACUCUUUCCGUUUCCAUUGCGAAAUGAUCGCCACGUUUAUGCCAAAGACGGCCUGAAAUUUGUUUAGUUUAAGGGGCGACCAUUUUUCGCUACAUCAAUGUCAUCAUUGGACAGAGGUCAUUCAUUAAGUGAGCCAUAGAAAUUGUUUACAUUUUUAGAUCCGCAUAAACCAGGGUGUGUGUGGUGUGCGCAACCUCGAUACCGGACCUGUAGCGUUUUUGAUAUGAGAAUUUUUAUCCUCCAUAUCAAAAAACGCUACAGGCCCUUAGAUCGAGGUUGGUGUAGUGCGCUGAUGAGAUUGCAGGAUACUAUCAAACUCGAUCUUAAGGCUUUUUUUUCCAUAUUUAAAACAAAGACAGGUAAGAAGAAAUGCAUUUCUUUCUCCCAUCCUUGUAUCAAAAUAUAAAAAAAACCUGCGUUACGGUUCAGAUACCUUUAGCUAGGCAACAGAGACAAACUAACAUGGUACCGUUGUUACCAUGGAGAUGGAAAUACAACAGCAAGAUAUUUCUAAGAGUUAUUUUGCAACAACAUAAUAGUAGUUCGCAUAGCAUUGAGACCAACACUACGAUUUAUUUCGGCAUACAUAGCUUAUUAGCACAAGAAUUCGAAUGUUUUUAAAGUUUGCGUGAGUACGUAAAAACCAAACCCGUACCCAAACCUUUAUGGAAACCUAGGAGUAUACCUAGAAGAACUUGAGGGGUUGAGAUAUGGAUUGGAAACUGAUUAUUAAUUGAGUCAAAGGUAAUUCAAUAGACAUAGUUUGUACUUCCUGUUGAUUGCAAAAUUUCAUUUUACACGUGACAUACAUUUCAACGUACGCUACUAUAAAUAUGAACAAGGAAGCUAGUUGACACGUCAGUCAAUUUGUGCAUCCACUGGGUUCGUUUUUGAAGUACUUAGAACUUGAGUUCAAGAUGUCGCCAAUAUUGGUACUACUUGUGGCCAGUACCCUAAUUUGCAAUGCAUUAGCAAACAACAACAACAAUAACAACAACAACAAUAAUAAUAACAACAACAACAACAACAAUAAUAAUAACAACAACAACAAUAACCUGAAUGGAGGCUGGUGGUUUCCAUAUGCUCACUCAGAAUGGGCUUACUGUGGUAGUAAUCUGAUUGAUCCUUACUCGCAGAUGUGUUGUUCUGGUGUUGUGAUAACAAAACAUCCUUUCAAAAGAUGUUGCGGCACCAAGGAGUAUAAUAUCUUGACACAUAAAUGUCACAAUGGUGGAGUCUGGAGAAAGAGCCAUUCAUUCACUCGCUGUGGAUACACUAAUUACAAUCCAAUGGAUUUCUUUUGUCACGAUAAACACUUAUAUAGUCAUCAUGAGUAUGUCCUCUGUAACGGACAAGUGUUUAGAAAAUUGUAAUGGGGUUUUCGGGUUUUAAUCGGGUUUUAAUCGGGUUUUUGGGUUUGUGAUCGGGCUUUCGGCGUAUUUCAGUUUUUGAAAUUGCAAUUGAUAGCUUUGAAGUCACUUUUACCAGAUAAAUAUUCCACUGAGAUCUUUUUGUUUCGAUAAGUGUUCUUUUAUUUCAAAGUAAUCUACAUCAUUUAUUGUCACGUGACUAGUUUAUUUAGGGUUUAGUUGUCUAAUAUAUAUCAACAAGAAUUAUUAAAGUUCAUAGAAUGUUUGUUCCA